AUGAUGUUCAGAACGACAGCCAGGGCCGCCUCUCGGACAGCCGGAACGGCUUCACACAAUGUCAAGGCGCAUUCCUUCCGGUCACUCAGUACACAACCGCCUCAUCUUCGAUCACGGAGCUGGAAAAGCAGUGCUGUACGAUGGGGAAUUGCGCUCGCCGGUCUUUACUAUUACAAUACCAGCUCUGUCUUCGCCGAGCAACCACAUCACAAUUUACUGAAUCCUAACGUCGACUCCGAAGACGAAUCCGAGGCUGCAUCGGUGCUCGACGAGCUCACUUCAAGGCGGUCUCGGGAGGCGCAAAAGAACCACGCGGAAGCACAGAUCAAUGCGACCGUAGACCAGCUCGAAGAACCCGCACUCGCGGGAGGCGCAGCCGAACUCGAAGAAGAGGCUGCAGGUGAAGGUGCAUUCAACCCAGAGACAGGAGAGAUCAAUUGGGAUUGUCCUUGUCUGGGUGGAAUGGCUCAUGGUCCCUGCGGCCCACAGUUCCGUGAGGCGUUCUCAUGCUUCGUCUACUCCACCGAGGAGCCCAAGGGCAUGGACUGCAUUGAAAAGUUCCAAGGCAUGCGAGACUGCUUCCAAGAGCAUCCCGACGUGUACAAAGAUGAGCUCAUGGAAGAUGAGGAACUAGAUCGAGAGCUCGAGGCCGAGAAGCAAGAGUUGGUCAGCCAGAUUGCAGAGCGACGGCGGUCAGAGGAGAACGGUUCUGCUCACAACCUCCUUGAAGAACCUGCUCCUGCUCCACAAGCGUCUUCGAAAGCACCUGCUCCUGCUCCAAAAGCGUCUUCGAAAGCACCUGCCUCUUCUUCGCAGACAGCUCCGAAAGCACCCAGCGCGGACGUUUCGAAGAGGGCGACCCAAUCAAGCAACGAGAACAUCUCAGAAUCAUCGCAGCGUGAUCCAUCGCAGCGUGAUCCAUCAGCAAGGGCCGACAAAAAUUCAUCUUCCACCAUCCGAGUGCCAAACCCACCCCCCGUUGACUCAGACGCCAUUCCUGAGACUGACGAGUUGAUUCCAAAGGCUGCGCAUGACGCCAGGACGAACACUGGCUCGGCUUCGGUACAGAAAUGA